AUUCGCCCACGCCUGGCAUCGUCAUGAUUCCAGAUAUGGAGUUCAGUGUAUUUUUCCCUCAAUGCCAUUCCCUGCAAUUGAAUCAUGGCGUCUUUUCACAGUCGCCUUUCUAUCCAGGAGGGUAAGAAAAGAGCGAAAAUAGAUUCCAUCUGGCGGUUUGUGUCUAAUUAUAGAUUCUCCCUUGGCAGCAUCGGUGGGUUUAAUACUUGCCGAAGGUGUGACGCUGCUGAUUGAUUUGUGCGAUUCAUGGGUGUGCCUUUUUUGAUUCAUGUGUCUGCUGCUACUGGGCGCUAAGUCGCAACCUCGCAAUGUGCCACCGUGGUGAGGACUGUUCACGGUGCAGACUUGGAGCAGGAAGUCUAGAAUCAGGGUUGGAGGAGGUCCAAUUCGGAUGCCUGUCAUUCGCCAUUCAGCAGCUCAAGGGUGCUUGUGCUUAGGGAUCCUUGUUAUGGACUGAGAGGGAUGGUCGCUCGUCUCGACAGCUGCAGAAGAGGCCGGCGGCGUCGGGGUCUAGUGGAGUUUGAUGAGGAGAGGCAUGCCAUUUUGUGGAGUUGCGGCAGCUGGGUUUGCAUGAGUUGAUCAGGAGGUGUAGAGCGGCUGAGGAGAUUGUGGGAUGAGAGGACGAAGAGAGGGAAUCUUACGUUGCACAGGAAGGGGAUUUUUCGUGUGUACGUUGUUACUUUCCAUUUAACACGCCAAAGCGCUGCUUCUUGUUCUCGGGAUUUUGUACUCAGUUUAUCUGCGAGCUGCACUGUCGAAAAUGGUUGGAGAACAAACGCAGGAGUGUUUUACUCACAAUUAAACAGUCGAUGUAGAGACAAGCUCACCAUUGAUAACUGAGCAGGGAGUUUUCGUUCAAAGGUUUGUCACUACAUUUGUCCGUACCCGAGUUUAGCUUGCAGGAUGUCCAUCAAUUCUACUGGUGACUUCGUUCCGGUUUCAUGCAAGGUAAUAGUCACUGAGAUUGGCACCGAGCAUGACUCAGCUUCUGAAGUAGCAGGCAUUUGCUUCCUCAUCACAUACCCACCCCCAUUGUGUUGAUUUGUUUAGUACCUAUAGCUCACGGCCUAAUUUGUUGCUUUGGUGUUUCGAAUACAAUUGUUCAGUGUUUUAACUAUGGACGCUUGUGAUCGGAACCCAAUAGUCCUCAAUGGUUUUCUGAAGAGCACUGGACUGUUUGACACAAGCGUCGAAAGAGAUUGAACUCGUCGUGGCCAAUUUCGCAAACUCUGCGCAUUAGCCACGGCAAUGCCACUUAUUCUCAGGAGGCACGCUAUGAAUGCCUUCUAAGGAGAGCUAAGUAACGCUGUGGGUGAAAUCUUAGUAUCUUAUUUUCUUUCUUCCUUCGUGUUCUUCUUCCUUCUGCUUCAAGUUUAAUUUGAGGCCUUUGUAGCGAUGAUAGUUGUUUACCAUCACAUGUCGUUUCAAACAGUAUGGGAGGUAGCGUCUAUGCGUUCUCAGUGGUCGUUGCUACGAGGCAUGCAACAGCCAAGUUCUGUCAUCCUGUGGUAUUUAUCCUUACACUUUUCAAUUGCUCAAUAAUUUCUCUACUUGAGCUGAGUAGAUAUCCUAUUUGGGUUUAAUUGUUCUCUCGUUCUCAGGUCAAAGUGAGAAUCGGUUGUGGCAACGAUGAUCCUCACCGCCAGAGAGAAGCAAGUGCGAUUCUGGGUGCACCUUGAUAACCCUUACCCCUCGGGGUCGGAGGCUAUGGCUUCCCCUGGCCCGCCGGCGCUGAAGAAUGUUUCCGUUUCUGAACGACCGCCUCUUCCACUACAACCCCAUUCACAAUCACAAGCUCACGCUGCUCUGCUCAGAGCUGCAUCGUUGUUUCAGAGCAAACCUCCACCUGUGUCCCGUAGCUUGUCAGCUGAUCGGACCCAAGUCUACCAAUUGACUCAACCCCCAUCCAUAUACCGUAGCUUGUCAGCUGAUAGGACAAGAAACUACAAUUCAAUUCAAUCUCCACCAAAGGAAAUCACUCCUCAGGAGACUUCUGUAGGCAGAAUUCAGUAUCCUAGUUUAACUUCGUCGUCAAGUGAGAGAAGACUAUUGAAGCAAUCCAGUCUUUCAUCCUUAUCUUCGCAGCAGCGAUCGUCUGUUUCGUCAUCGAGCCGGUUGUCAUCGUCUGCGGCUGCUAAGAGCACAAAACUUGGAAACAUACCUGCUCCCCCGCCUUCACCUUCCUUGAAACCCAGGUUUCGUCGACAGCUCGUGAAACUGUCCUCUGUUUUGAAGAAGCUCCCACAAGAGUAUAACAGAAGUGGUCCCAUAUCGAUUCCCAAGUCAAUUAUUGACACUUGGGACAGAAUGUUUUUUGAAGAAAUCAAUACUGAUGUUUCUGUCUACACGAGUGGUGGACACCGACUUGGCGCUCAUUCAAUAGUCUUGAUGAGCAGGUCUCCUGUGCUUAAAUUUCAACUGCAGGAGCAAUUCAAAACGUCAAGGCUUGCCGAAAUCAGUAUCCUUGGUGUUCCCUUCCAAGCGGUUCGAUGUUUCCUUCGCUUCUUGUACUCUUCUCGGUGUGAGCAGGAGGACAUGGAAGAGUUUUCCCUCCACUUGCUAGUACUUGCACACUCUUACAGGCUUCCAGCCCUUAAGCGCGUGUGCACUGACAGUUACGACCAGGGGCUGCUUAACACUGAGAAUGUGGUAGAUGUCUUGCAAGUGGCCAGGUUAUGCGACGAGCCUCGGCUCUAUCUGCUGUGUUUGCGACGAAUAUUAUCCGACUUCAAGGAUAUUGCGCGAUCAGAUGGCUGGAGAACCAUGAAAGAAUCUGAUCCAGCUCUGGAGCAAGAGAUUGUGGAAGCAGUGAUUGAUUCCGACAUUAAAAAGCGAGAACGGUCGCGGUGCUUCGAUGAAGACAGAGUGUAUUCGCAACUGAACGAUACAAUGGAUGCACUGAUUCACAUAUGCCGCGACGGGUGCAAGUCCAUUGGGCCCCACGACAAGGCCUGGGACGGGCGAAAGGGAGAUUGCUCCUUCCCAGCUUGCAAAGGCCUGGAGUCCUUGGUGCGCCACUUCGCUGCUUGCAAGCUCAAGGUCUCCGGUGGAUGCGUGCACUGCAAACGAAUGUGGCAACUUCUAGAGCUCCACUCCCGAAUGUGCACCCUGCAAGAGUCGUGCAAAGUGCCUCUAUGCCGGCAUUUUAAGGUACGGGUGGGCCAGGAGCCGAACCGAAAGGAGGAGAUGCGUUGGAAGAUGCUUGUAUGCAAAGUGCAGUCUGCGAAAGCCGCAUCGAGAGCAUUCUCUUUGGCUGCUGUGACUACCAAACUUGCCAAGCAAGUACGUUAGCCCUGACUAGAACGAUUUUUGGAGCCAUGGGCCAGCUCAUUCAUUUCAGAGAGUGCAUUAGGUUGCCAGCCUCACCAAUCACGGACGAAUCCGUCACCUCAUCAACUAUACUCACCCUUCGGAGGGGUAUGCUGAAACGGCGUCCAAUGACAACAAUGGGCAUUGGAAGCUUCUUUCUACUCUUCUUCGUCAUCGCUGAAUUAGAGCAUUCGAACACUAUUAAUUAAAUCUAGAGAAGGAUUAGGUCGAGCAGAGCCACUUCAUGGUAGUGGUGCGUCGGAACGACUAACAGCGACGUCGAGUAAUGUUACUGUGGUUUGUCUCACAGUCGACAACUAGAAGCAUUACUACGUCCACCCUAGACACAAUUUGUUGACAACAAAUGCUUGCGAAGCUAAAAACAGAACUGAACCCAAAUUGUAGUGCAAGUUCAUCCCCAAGGUGGCGUUUUUCGAUGGUAUUCGACUGAAACCCACUCGACCUUCACGUUGAGAAGUCCCAGCCUCUUGACUACGAUCAAGGCAACUACACUUCCGCCAUUGCUUCCUGCUGGGUCACUUUUACUUCUAGAACCGAGCUUCACCUUUUUUGUUUUUAAACAUUCUAGCAUCCAACACUUGGAUGUUGUAUUUAUUCACUUUUGAAACAUUUUGAGUUUUAUUUCUC